AUGCAUGCGCAACGCCUCGUACUGGCCUUUGCAGCAACAGCUGCCUCAGCCGCCAACCUCAAGGUCAUUUCAUACAGCGAGACCUCGGGCGGCUUCACCACCCCCGCGCGCGGCUGGAACUCGUUUGGCCUGCAGGCCAACAAUGCCGGCGCCAAAUUUACCUUUGACCAGGACCAUGUCAUUGCGCAGUGCAACAUUCUGGCAUCCAAGAAGCUCGGCGCUGGCAAAUACACUUACUGCAGCCUCGACUCGGGCUGGUCCGCCGGCUACAACGGCGACGAGUACGGGCGCAUUAUUUACGACGACUCCAAGUUUGACAUUCCCAAGCUCGCGGACCACUUGCACGCCCAGGGCUUGCAGCUAGGGCUGUACGUCGUGCCGGGUGCGUUCCAGGCGGAUCUGAACAAGACCAUCCUGGGCACCGAUACCAAAAUCGGCGACGUCUGCUCCGGGGACGAAGGCUUGGCGCGAUGCGUCUUUGACUAUACCCGUCCCGAGGCGCAGACCUGGCACGACUCUGUCGUGAAGCAGUUUGCUGACUGGGGCGCCGACUUCAUCAAACUCGACUACAUUACCCCCGGCUCGCCCGAGAACGGCCAGAAGCUGCCCGCCGACCAGUCCGCUGCCGUGCCGGCCUGGCGCACCGCCAUCCUGCGCAGCGGACGGCCCAUGCGCCUCGACAUUUCCUGGAAGCUCGACCGCUCCCCGUCCUACUUUGGUAUCUGGAAUGCCAAUGCCGACUCCAUGCGCAGCGACCAGGAUAUCAACAACAGCGGCUCGUCGACCUUUGUCCGGUGGGCGACGGUGCAGCGCGCCAUUGAAAACUACAGACAGUGGAUCGUCGCCGCGCUGGAUAUUUUCAACGACGGCGGCAAUAAGCUCCGCGUGCGCCCGGACCUGGACAAUUUAUACGCGGGCAACGCGGACAGCGUCACUGGUGUCUCGGACGCGCAGCGCCGCACCAUCAUGACGCACUGGAUCGCCGCGGGCGCGAACCUCAUCACGGGUUCGGACCUCACGAGGCUCGACGAUCUCGGCCUGGAGCUGCUCACGAAUGAGGACGCGCUGGCCGUGGCGGAUUUUGCGGCGACGUAUCCCGUGCAGCCCCGGAACCCGGGCACCGGCGGCGGACAGGAAGCGAAGCAGCUGCAGGCGUGGAUCGCCGGCCCGGAGCCGGCGAGCGGCCGGGCAGUGGUGGUGCUGGCCAACUACGGGCCGGAUCAGGGCCAGGGCGGAUUUGGUAGCAAGAUGGCGGGAAGACAAACGGUGUCAGUGACGUGGGAGGACUUGAGCCUGGAUGAGAGUCGUGCGUACGAGGUCACAAAUGUGUGGACAGGUGAAACGCAGGCUGUGGGAGAGCAGGGUGUGCGGGCAGGGCUAGACGAGGGCGAAACUGUGCUUUUCUGGGUGACUCGGGCAAAUUAA